GUUAUAACUAUCUUUCGCUCCUGGCGUUCGUCCACCAUACUCAGUGUCGUCAUACAACUGGAAGCUCUCCGUCAUAAUUUUGUAAAUAACUCUGACACGACGACGACAGAGAGGAAACGACCACAAGUGUCGACGAAAAUGGACAUAAUUAGCCUGUUGACCGCAGGUACACUCAAACCAUGUUUUGGCAUUCAUCAUUACCAGCUGCAUGUCACAGGAAUACUGUAUUUUUUUUAUGAUUUAUACUUUUCUUCAUUUUCUUAAUCUUACCUCAGUAACAGUUGUAGAAUCAGACUUCGAGGACGCGAAAAGAAUUUUGAACAUCGAUCAUUUGUAGUCGUUCUACCCUGCUUCAGCUUGAUAUUGAUUUCUAACGAAAAAAAGAACAUGACCGAUAGUCGAUCAUGGACGAAUUCGUCGAUAGCAGCCACACCUCCACACGCAGGAGCUGGAGGUGCGUCGAGCACAUCUGCAGUAACUACAGCAAAGGCCACCAGGACGACUCCUUCUCCAAGUAGACGCAGUGGCUCUUCGACCUCUAGUCCUAUUGCAGGAGGUCAAGAACUUAGAUCGUCUAGUUCUACACGACAAGAACUCAGAGAUCCUCAACAAGACUAUGCAAUUUCGCCACCUACACCCAGCUUUAGUAGCACUUCGACGCAUGUCUACAAGGACGAUUAUAGGGACGAGCAAGGUAGAGGUGGUCAGAAUCAUCAAAGGAUGCCAGCAGCACCGUGGUCACCGCUAGAAGAAGAACAGUCGAGGAAACUUACACCUCCAGAUCAACGCCAAGAACAUCUACUUUCUAGUAGCAAUGGCAAUGGCAGUCUCCAUACCAAAACCAAGUCCUAUCCCAAAAAUCAAAAUGGUAGUACUAAGAGCACAAGAAAUGAACAAGACGCUUCUACUUCUAGUACAACUUACCGCUUCGGUUCCCAUACCACUUCCUCUGCUAUUCCCUUUGGUCAAAUCGACGAAUCUCUGGUACCCAGAUUGCAAGCGGAGGUGCAUGAAUUCGGACAGCAAUUCUUUGACUCCAUAGAUAUCGACCGCGACGUAACCUUUCGCGCCUUGAGUUUGCCUGAUGACAUGGACGAAUGCCGACGUUUACAUACUGAAUGGUUCCCAAUAGCCUACGAUGACAGCUUUUACCGGUCGAUUGCGCAAGGCCACAUCUACACUCUAGGUGCCUAUUGCGGGAACAACUUGCUGGGCUUGAUUUGCGUGUCUUUGGCCUGUACGCAUCAUGCAGAAAUCUUGCCUACAGUGUUGGGCCAGCGGUGUAGCUGUUCAGACAUUUGCCAUCAAAGUGAUGUGGUUUAUGCACCGAAAAAACAGAAUCCGAAUCAUAAUAGACAAAGAGCUAGAUCGUGUGACGACUUAGGCGAGACCUACGACAUGUACGGCUUGCCUACUGGAGAUGGUAGUACUCUAGCUGCAGGUGGCCAGAUACUAACGACAUCUUCCAAACCCAACAACUUCCAAAACUACAACCACAUCAACGGCUCCUCUUCCUCCCGACCAAGUAGGUCACGAAACCGACACGUCGAUUACGAUUACGACAGGCCUCUUCCAUCUGGUGCUAUUGCCUACAUCUUAACACUCGGUGUCAUAUUAAGGCUGCUCAAAACAAUUCAUUCUCUUUCUCAAGUAUCAUUUCUCUUCGUGGACUUCUUGUUUUUAGGAUCUGGAGAAAUGAGCUAAUAAGAACUGAAAUGCUUUGAGGUCUAAUCAUAGACGAGAUGCGUCGCCGAGGCCUUGGUCGUCGUCUGCUCCUAGAAAUCAUUCAUCAACUUCCCAGCUUCAAAUAUCAGUCCCUCUGCGUCCAUUCCCCUAGAGCGUUGGCGCUCCACGUGAUCCCCUACAACAAAGCGGCGCUUCGACUUUACGAAGGCAUGGGGUUUAUCAGACUAGACGAAGUGCAAGACUUCUACAUUUUGCAUGGCGUAAGAUACGCGGCUUAUGUCUACGCCUUCUACCUAGGGGAUAACAAAAGGCCACCUGGUGCCGGUGUAUUUUCUAGGGCGUUGGGAAGUGUGAAAUCCUUCUUCGUGACAAUGUGGGACACUUUUUUUGGAACUGAUUAUUGAGUCUGCAAAACAACUUGUGUUGAGCUUUGAAAUAACGUACUACUACUACAAGUAUCCGCAAC